AUGGCGCCCACAACCCGCACCCCCCUCCUUCGAACCUCCUCCUCUUCCUCCUCCCCGUCCUCCUCCCUACGAUCCCCAUCCGAGUCCUCCUCUACCUUCCGUUACCAAAAAGCUCGAAAACAAAACAUAAUCCGCUACACCUCAUACGCCUCCGCCAUCCUCUCAUGUCUUUGCGCCGGUUCCAUCACCGCUUAUUCACUUUAUGGACAUUUAUUCCAAUCACGAUUGCAUUAUACGCAACUACAGGUUAAUCUUGUGAUUAUUGCUGCGGAACUCGCUAUGUAUUUGCCGGUGCCCGUGUUUGGAUAUCUGUGCGAUCGAGUGGGACCUGCGCCGUUGUCUCUCGGGGCUGGCAUUAUGUUUGGGGUUGGGUAUGGGUUGGCGGCGCUGACGUAUAAGAGUGGUGGGAAGGAUGUGGAGGGUUAUGUUGUGGAGAGGGGUUGGCCCAUUGUUUGGAUGGUGGUUGCGUUUAUGGUUAUUGGCAUGGCGACUACGUGUAUGUAUAUUAGUGCGGUGACGGCGUGCGCGAAGAAUUUUGGGAAAUCGAAAUAUAGGGGUUUGGCGCUGGCGUGUCCGAUUGCGGCGUUUGGGUUGAGUGGGAUGUGGCAGAGUCAGGUGGGGGAGAGGAUAUUGUAUGAGAGGGGGAGGAAUGGUGAGAGGGGGGAUGUGGAUGUGGGGAGAUUCUUUUGGUUUUUAGCUAUUACGCUUUUGGUGGUGGGAAUUGUUGGGUUUGGAUUGUUGAAGAUUGUGGACGAGGAGGAGUUGAUUGAGGAGGCGGUGGAGGAAUUGGAGAGGAGUGGGUUACUUGGGGAUGGGGAGGGAUAUACUGGGAGAGGAUAUGGUACUUUAGAUGGAGAGGAACAGAGUGAUGUGGACGAAGAAGAUGAAGAAGCGAGGAAAAAAACAUGGUUGUUAAACGAGGAAACGAGAAGAUUCCUCAAAGAUCACACCAUGUGGUGGUUGGCUAUUGGAUUUUUCUUCGUCUCCGGACCCGGCGAAUCCUUCAUCACGAACCUGGGUACUAUAAUCGGCACGCUUCAUCCACCUACUAUUCAUAAUCCCACUUCAGCAGCAACACACGUUUCAGUCGUGGCACUUACCUCGACCAUCGCUCGUAUCCUCUUCGGUACUCUCACCGAUGUGCUAGCCCCUGUUCCCACAACCCAUCAUUUUGGUUCUCUCUCCAACUCUCUCGCUUCUCUACCACCACCACGGAGAUUCCGUGUUACCAUAUCUCGCAUUACUUUCCUUGUCCUCUCCGCUCUCCUCAUCCUAUCAGGCGAUGUUCUCCUUGCUUCGGGUAUCUGUCAAGACCACGCCGAUCGCUUCUGGAUCAUCUCUGCUCUGAUCGGUUCUGGCUACGGCGCUCUAUUCUCUCUAACCCCGCUCAUCGUAACGGUUAUCUGGGGUGUAGAGAAUUUUGGCACCAAUUGGGGAAUCGUGGCGAUGGUUCCGGCGCUAGGCGCUACGCUGUGGGGUGUGAUAUAUAGUCAAGUUUAUCAGAGAGUGGCGGAGGGACUGUGGAAGGAAUUUAUUGGGGAUGGGGUACUUUGUUGGGGAAGAAGCUGUUACGAAGGAACGUUCUGGGGAAUGGCAGGGAGUGUGGGGAUUGGAAUCGGGUUUUGGGUUUGGGCUUGGAAGGGGAGGGGUGGGUGGAAGGAGAGGGGGGUGGUAGUGUAG